ACGACCUUUAACCCGGACUCUGAACCCAUCUCUGAGAUCAACGAGAAGGAGUACGGUAAGAGAUGACCGCGACCUUUAGCCCUGACUCUGACCCAUCUCUGAGGUCAACGAGAAGGAGUACGGUAAGAGAUGACCCCGACCUUUAACCCUGACUCUGACCCAUCUCUGAGGUCAACGAGAAGGAGUACGAGACCAACUGGAGGAGUAUGGUGGAAUCGUCAGAUGGGCUGGAUCCUGUGGAGGCUAAACCCAGCCAUCCUGCUACUUCCUCUGGGUUGCAGAGAGACAACCAGCCCCCCCACCACCACCAACCGCAGCCCUUACUCCACUACCCUCCAGCUCAGAGCAGCCAUCCCUGCUCCAGGCUCAGGCCCGGGGGAGAGAGAGGAGGGCCGGGCAGACGACCGGUUGGAGCUGGCCUCCCAGCAGAGCACGGAGACAGGCAGUUUGGAUGGGAGCUGCAGGGACCUCCUCAACUCCUCCAUCACCUCCACCACCUCCACCCUGGUCCCCGGUAUGCUGGAGGAGGCAGAGGAAGAGGAGUGAGGAGGAGGAAGAGUACACACCAGAG